AUGGAAUCGACUCCGACUUCCCCUCGAGUUGACGUCGAUACCAACGAAGACGAACUGCUCAAUUUGUCAGAUGAUACCGCAGCCACAGGACCUACGCCUAGUCCCAGAGUAGAAGUGUUCAUCCCAGUCAGGGAUAAUUCUGCAGAACCACGAUCUCCUGGAGUUUAUCCUGGCUCUCCUGGCGCCUUGGAAGAACAUCGGAUAAGAAUUGAAGGUGGCGAAGGAACUGGGACUCACCCGACUGCAUCGGCGGAGUUGCUUGAUAAUCAAAUUGGAAUGAAAUUCAACAAAAUUGAUUUGAGGGUCCGCGGUCUUCAAGAAGAACGAGAGCACGUGCAAAAGAAAACGUUCACAAAAUGGGUAAACUCUCAUCUAGUCAGAGUCAGUUGCAAGAUUCAAGAUCUCUAUAUGGAUAUGCGAGACGGAAAGAUGUUGCUGAAAUUAUUAGAAGUUUUGUCCGGGGAACGCCUGCCGAAGCCGACCCGUGGAAAAAUGCGUAUCCAUUGUCUCGAGAAUGUCGACAAGGGCUUACAAUUUCUUAAAGAUCAGCAUGUACACUUGGAGAAUCUCGGAUGCCAUGACAUUGUUGAUGGAAACCCCCGGUUGACCUUAGGUCUGAUCUGGACCAUCAUUUUGCGAUUCCAGAUUCAAGAUAUCACAUUCGAAGACGCUGACAACCAUGAGACGCGGUCCGCCAAAGAGGCACUGCUACUUUGGUGCCAAAUGAAGACAGCUGGUUAUCCAAAUGUAAAUGUCAGAAACUUCACCACAAGCUGGCGAGAUGGUUUAGCGUUCAACGCUCUUAUUCACAAGCACCGCCCAGACUUGAUCGACUACGACAAUUUGCAAAAGUCGAACGCUGUGUAUAACCUGCAAAACGCUUUCGAUACUGCUGAGCAACAACUUGGGCUUUCGAAAUUCCUGGAUGCUGAAGAUGUAAAUGUACGCGAUCCGGAUGAGAAGUCAAUUAUUACCUAUGUUGUUACUUAUUACCAUUACUUUAAUAAGAUGAAGCAGGAAACAAUUCAAGGAAAACGUAUUGGAAAGGUUAUCAACGAACUUAUGGAAAACGAGAAGAUGAUCAAUCGUUACGAAACAAUUUCUUCAGAUCUCUUAGAAUGGAUUAAACAGAAAAUUGAAGUCCUCAAUGAUAGGAAAUUCCACAAUUCACUGCAUGGCGUGCAGGAGCAGCUCGCUGAGUUCAACGCAUACCGAACGCAGGAGAAGCCUCCAAAGUUCGAAGAGAAAGGUGAACUUGAGGUGCUCUUAUUCACACUCCAAUCUGCAAUGCGUGCCAACAAUCAGCGCCCAUUUGUGCCUCGUGAGGGAAAGCUAAUCGGAGAUAUCAACAGGGCCUGGGAUACUCUAGAAAAGGCUGAGCAUGAACGAGAGCUCGCACUCAAAGAAGAGCUAAUCCGUCAAGAGAAACUUGAGCAGUUGGCUGCUCGCUUCAACCGCAAGGCGGAGAUGAGGGAGACUUGGCUCACUGAGAAUCAACGUCUCGUCAGUCAAGACAACUUCGGAAAUGAUCUCGCUAGUGUUGAGGCUGCCACUAAGAAACACGAGGCUAUCGAAACAGACAUUUUCGCAUACGAAGAGCGUGUGCAGGCAGUUGUUGCUGUUGCUGGAGAACUCGAGGCAGAGAACUACCACGGUAUUGACGAAAUCAAUAACAGGAAGGAGAAUGUGCUCAAGCUUUGGAACUAUCUAUUCCAGCUUCUUCUUGCUCGUCGAGUCCGACUUGAGCUAUCCAUGGCAAUUCAACGUAUAUUCCAUGACAUGCUUCUUACUCUCGAUCUCAUGGACGAUAUUAAGGCGCGUCUUUUAUCGGACGACCUUGGUGCCCAUCUGAUGGACGUGGAGGAUAUGCUGCAAAAACACGCUUUACUCGAAUCCGAUAUCAACAUCAUUGGAGAACGUGUGCGUAAUGCUGUCGCUCAGGCACAGAGAUUCCGUGACCCUGAAGGUCCAGAUGGCAGCGGAUACCUGCCUGUAGAGCCAGCUGUGGUCGAUGAGCGGUCGGCUAUCUUACAAGCAAAAUAUCAAGAGUUGCUUGACCUAGCUGCUCAGCGCAAACGACGUCUCGAAGAUAAUCGCAGACUUUGUCAGUUCUGGUGGGAUGUGGCUGAUCUUGAGAACAGCAUCAAGGAUCAAGAACGUGUGCUUAGUUCCACCGACACUGGCAAAGACAUUGUAACAGUAUCUCAUCUCCUAGCAAAGCACAAAAAUGCCGAAAAUAAUCUCAGUGAAAUUGAGCGCCAGUUGGUGCAACUUACAAAAGAUGGCGAUCAGCUACUAGCGGAGGAUAUCCCUGGAUCGGAUAACAUACCACCUCGUCUUCAAGAAAUUCGCGAUUAUUUGAAGAAACUCCGUGAACUCGCUAACGCGAGACGCCAAAGACUUACUGGCGGCGUCGAUUAUUACCAGUUCUUCACCCAUGCUGAUGAUGUUGAUGCGUAUCUUCUUGAUACACUUCGGAUCAUUUCAAGUGAUGACGUUGGUAAAGAUGAAGGCACCGUCCAACUGCUUCUCAGAAAACAUGACGACGUAUCCGAUGAACUGAAGUCGUUUGACACCCAUAUCCAACAGCUUUACCAGAAGGCAGAGGCGCUGCCACCUGAUGCUCGAGAACAUCCAGACAUCAAGGAGCGACUUGCCUCGACAGUCAGGCGAAAGGCAGAACUCGAGGAUCUUGCUCAACUCAGAAAGCAACGCCUUGUUGAUGCCCUAUCUUUGUAUAAGCUCUAUGCCGAUGCUGAUUCUGUUGAGGCAUGGAUUGAUGAGAAGAGUAAGCUGCUGGCCACACUCGUCCCAGGAAAAGAUUUGGAAGAGGUUGAGAUAAUGAAGCAUCGAUUCGAUACACUUGAUCAGGACAUGAAAAACCAGGAAGCUAAGGCAAAAGACAUAAUGGCACGUCAAAACAAGCUGAAUGCCCGUUGGGCUAAACUUCGCGAUAUGGUCGAUCAGAAGAAGGCUGAACUUGAACGUGCUCACCGUCUCGAAACUUUCAGGAUCGACUGUCAGGAAACAGUCACAUGGAUCGAGGAUAAAACUCGUGUUCUUGAGGACUCUGACGCUCUCACCAAUGAUCUCAGUGGUGUAAUGAAACUUCAACGAAGGCUUUCAAUGAUGGAACGAGAUCUCGGCGCCAUUCAGGCAAAACUCGAUGCGCUUCAUAAGGAAGCAGAUUCUAUAGAACGAGAACCGAAGCUCGACGAGGCAGGCGACUUGCAGCGAUUCCUCCGUGACUUGGAUCACUUCCAAGCAUGGCUCACUGCAACGCAGCGACAAGUGGCUUCCGAGGAUGAGCCACAGUCGUUGGCAGAGGCUGAGCAGCUUCUCAACCAACACGCUGCCAUUAGAGAAGAAAUUGAUGGAUAUGCUGAAGACUACAAGAAGAUGCGUGCCAUGGGCGAUCGUGUUACCCAAGACCAGACAGAUCCACAGUACAUGUUCCUCCGACAAAGGCUUGUUGGUUUGCAAGAAGGUUGGGAAGAGCUCCAACGCAUGUGGGAUAACCGGCAACAUCUACUUAGCCAAGGACUCAACCUGCAGAUGUUCUUGCGCGACGCCAAGCAAGCUGAGGUUAUGCUGUCUCAGCAAGAGAAUUAUCUCACCAAAGAUGAAGCUCCAAGUAGCUUGGAGCAGGCAGAGAACAUGCUCAAGAGGCAUCAGGACUUUAUGACAACUAUGGACGCCAACGACGAGAAGAUCCGUGCUGUUGGAAUGUUCGGAGAUCAGUUGUGCCAGGAUGGACAUUAUGCGGCCGAUAAGAUUCAUAAGAAGGCUCGUAAUAUCGAUGAACGUCGUGAAGCGAAUCGGGAACGAGCACAAGCAUUGCUGGCGAAGCUGAAGGACGCACUCGCGCUACAGCAGUUCCUUUCUGAUUGUGAAGAGUUGCGCGAGUGGAUUGAAGAAAAGAUGAUCCGUGCUCAAGACGAGACCUACAGAGAUGCGAAGACAAUCACAUCGAAAUUUGUGCGCCACCAAGCUUUCCAAAGCGAGUUACAGGCCAACAAAGAACGUCUCGAUCAACUACAACACGCUGCAAUUGACUUGGGCGCUGAGAAACCCGAAUUCACAGGCACCAUAGAUCCACAAAUCGUCGAACUUGCUCAUCAGUGGGAGCAACUGGAGAAGACCACUGAAGAGAAGGGACAAAAGUUGUUUGAUGCCAACCGACAACAGUUAUAUGUGCAGAGCAUUGCUGACAUGAAGGAGUGGGCCAGUCAGUUGGAAAAAGAAAUGGUUCGAGAAGAUCAGCCCGCUGACCUUACCACUGUGAACGUGGCAAUGCAGAAGCAGCAGAUGAUCGAAACGGAAAUGAUCAAGAAGGCACAGCACAUCGAUCAGCUUAUGGAAAUGGAACCGCAGUUGGAGGAGAUGCAUCCAGAUGAACUAGAGGAUAUUCGCGCUCAUAGAUUAGCUGUACAAGAACAACUACAAAGGCUGCAAGCACCCCUUGACGAUCGAAGGCGUCAACUGGAACGCCGAAAGGCAGCGUUCCAAUUCGGUCGCGACGUUGACGACGAGAAGCUAUGGAUUGCCGAGCGUCUGCAUUUAGCUCACGCAAAACAGCUGGGAGAGAAUCUGCCCGACUGUCAAAGACUGCAGAAAAAUGCACAGCUAUUGACGAGCGAAGUCGAGAAUCACGAACCGUGGAUCGAACGUAUCUGUGAUAACGGACGGGAACUCAUUGACGCUGGGCACGAAAACUCUGCCGCUUUUGAGCAACGCAUCGCGGAAUUGCGUGAUGCAUGGCAAGAACUAAAGGACGCAAUCAAGGACAGAAAAGACAGACUUGCGGAAAGCGAAAAAGCGCAUCAGUUCCUCUACGACUGUGGAGAGGCCGAAGCUUGGAUGAGUGAACAAGAGCUCUACAUGAUGCAGGAUGAACGUGGAAAAGACGAAUUUUCUACGAGGAACCAAAUCAAGAAACACGAACGUCUUCAAUCCGAUAUAGACAAGUUUGCCGACACUAUACGACAGCUGGCUGCCAAAGCGCAGAAGUUUGUCGAUGAACGAAGUCCGCUCAGUGAUCAAAUCGCCCUGCGGCAAUCACAGAUUGAGAAGCUGUAUGCUGGUCUCCAAGACCUAUCGAAAGAACGCCGAAAGAGGCUGGAUGAGACCCUAGAACUGUACGCACUUCAUCGCGAAAUCGAUGAUCUGCUUCAGUGGAUUGCCGACAAAGAGGUGGUCGCUGGAAGCCAAGAAAAUGGUCAAGACUAUGAGCAUGUGCAGAUGCUGCAAGAACGAUUCCAGCAAUUUGCGCGAGACACCGAGAACAUCGGAUCGGAACGAGUUGCCCGCGCUAACGAUGGCUGUGAUGCGUUGAUCGCUACCGGCCAUACAGAUGCUCCAACCAUCGCUCUUUGGAAGGAUAGCCUCAAUGAGGCGUGGGAGAAUCUUCUUGAGCUGAUUGAUACUCGUGCCCAGAUGCUAGAGUCCAGUCGUCUGCUUCAUAAGUUCUUCCACGACUGCCGUGAUUGUCUUUCACGAAUUCUCGAAAAGACUCAUGCGAUGCCUGAGGAUCUGGGACGAGACUCCAGCAGUGUCGGUGCAUUGUCUAGAAAACAUCAAAAUUUCUUGAAGGAUAUCGAUGCAAUUGGAGAGCAGGUGGCACAAAUCGAGCGUGAUGCCAGUGAACUGCGUGAUGGGUACGCCGGAGAGCGAGCCCUCGAAAUGGCAGCUCGUGAAUCGGAAGUCGUGAAAGCAUGGAGACAUCUUCGAGGAUUGUGCGACGCUCGUACAUCUCGCCUCACGGAUACAUCAGACCUCUUCCGCUUUAUGAAUAUGGUCCGUGACCUUCUACUGUGGAUGGAUGAAGUCAAACGAGAGAUGACCAGCCAAGAACGGCCAAAAGAUGUUAGCGGUGUUGAGUUACUGAUGAACAACCACCAAAGCUUAAAGGCAGAGAUUGAUGCUCGAGAAGACAAUUUCAAUGCUUGUAUAUCGCUUGGAAGGGAUCUAUUGAAUCGUAAACACUAUGCAUCGAGUGAAAUUGAAAAGAAAUUAAUAAAGUUGACGACUGAACGAGCUGAAAUGAUGCGACGUUGGGAAGACCGAUGGGAGUACCUGCAACUUAUUCUCGAAGUGUACCAGUUUGCAAGAGAUGCCGCUGUUGCGGAAUCUUGGCUUAUGGCUCAAGAACCGUAUCUCAUAUCACGUGAAUACGGGCGAAGUUUGGAAGAGACGAUAGCUCUCAUCAAACGACACGAAGCCUUUGAAAAGUCAGCUGCGGCGCAAGAAGAACGAUUCCUUGCCUUGGAAAAGCUUACUACGUUCGAGUUGAAAGAGAUGCAACGGCAAGAAGAGGAGGCAGCGAGAAGGCGUGGCCAUCUUGGCAGCCCUUCACGAUCGCAGCCUCACGAAUCAUUCGGCGCCGAUCCAGACGAACGCAGUCGGCUGUCCACUGGUGAAAGUAGUGGUUGGCGAAUGUCACUCGCUCGUGCCCCUAAGUUCGAUUCGAAGGAUCCACGGGGAGCAAAAACAGGUGACGCAUUUGAAGGAACACUGAUUCGAAAGCAUACUUAUGAGUCCUUGGAUCGAAAAGCUUCAAACCGAUCGUGGGAGAAAUUGCUAGCCGUUUUGCGGAACAACGAGAUUUCGUUCUACAAGGAUGCAAAGCAUAAAGAGGAGGGUGCAACAUUCCAUAAUGAGCCAGCUGUCAGCUUACCCGGUUGUUCGGUGAAUGUAGCGCAGGAUUAUCAGAAGAAAAAGAAUGUGCUAUCGUUGCGGAUGCCAGUUGGAGCUGAAUAUCUUCUGCAGUGUGCUAGUGAGGAAGAUUGCCAGCGCUGGUUGACGGAACUGCAAUUGGCAACGGGUCAAGCGCAGUUGGAAGAGCAUUCGCGGUCGCAAACGUUACCCGAAGGUGCGCAAGCAAAAGCGAAGAAAACUGGCUUCUUUUCACGGAGCAAAAAGUAG